AUGUCAACCCAAGAUUUGUCUACUUUUGAUACUCGACAAUCUGCCAUUGAUGAAGGUGCUCUUGUUGUGAACAUGGUCUUUGAAGACGUCACUGUUCAAGAUGUCAUGAAUGUUCUCAAAGAUUAUGAAAAGUAUUCGGAAUUUGUCGAAGGAACCAACAAGGCAGAGAUUACCAAACAAGUGACACCCGAUGGCAAAGUUGUGGAUGUGUUUUGGAAUGUUACCAUUGCAUCGAUUAAAACUGUAGAGUAUACGUUGAGAUUGGCAUGUUUUGAAGAUGGAAUUUCAUGGUCAGAAACAGAUCAUGGUCCAUUCAAGAAGAAUCGAGGUGGUUGGAAGUUGCGUCCAACAGACGAUGGAAAAGGAGUCGCAUUCAGUUAUAUAAUUUUAUUGGAAUUUAAUAUUUGGGUUCCUGGAUUUAUCAAGGAUUUCCUUGUUGGUAAAGGGCUUCCAAAAACUCUGGAAGCUUUCAAGAAGAGAAUUAAUGAAAAGAAGAAUGAAAACAAAUAA